UCUCUCCCUUUCUCUUCUAAAAACCCUCCCUUUCUCCCACACAACUUUUCCCUCCCUCAAUUUCUUUUCACCCAAAACCCUCCCCCACACAAACGUUCCUCGCCACACGUAACUAUCCUCCCCAUCCGCUUGCAGUCGGACACUCCUUGACGCAUGCAAAAUCAAUGCUUCUUGUGGUCGAAUCGCAGUUGGAAGUUCCUCAUCGUUGAAUCGCACCCGGACGCUCUUUCUCCUUCAAUUCUCAAUUUUCUUUGCAAGCCACAUGCCAGUCACCUCUCCGACCAGCUCGCACCACCAGCCUCUCUGACUUUCUACUUGCCUUCGUUCGGUCCAAUUAGACUUGGCGACCUACCUAUCGAUAUCUCCUUCUUCAUCUACAAGUCAUAGCUACUGCCUUGAUGGCUACAAAUGCUCUUUCCCAAUUAAACCGAUUUCUACUUCUUAUUUGAUUUUUGGUAGAAGGAGAACGGGGAGGCAGGUGGUCCGAAUGGCUUGAAGGAAGAAAAGCUCCUCCUUAAGGGCUAUUUAUAAAUAGAAGCUUUUGACCCUUGAUUAGUUUUUCUGAUUUUAUAUCUUCUCUAUUUCUUUUGUACACACUUGUAAGUCCUAAUCUAAAACUUCCAAUAUCUAUUUUCUAAAGUUGCUCUUGCAGAAUUUAAUAUGGAGACCGUAGAAUACAAGAACAUCACCUUUACCGUUUGGGAUGUUGAUGGUCAGGACAAGCAAUGAUAGGGAUAGGGUCGUAUAGGCAAGAGAUGAGUUGCAUAGGAUGUUGAAUAAGUGGAUUCUUCAACAAAGACACAUCUUGUCACACCCCCUCCCGAACCACCUGCUGUCUUAGCCCGAAAGACGACAUGAAGCCAACAGACAUCGUCUCCUCUAAUAAUCCCUGUUGGCCCUACUGAAACGUUAAACUAGAUAAACAUACCAAUCUUAGAUAUAGCAUAUUCAACAUGGAACACCACACAGUGGAAUCAACAGAAACCUUCCCAACAUACACAAGAUGCAGUUCUGACAUCACUUGGUUUGUAAAAUAACCUAAUAUAAAUAUCACGACCAAAACCUACACAACUAGAGUUUUAUGACCACGACCUCUAGGACGAUAUUAUACAAACCUUACAAAACAUUUCAAUAUGAACAGACUCAAAAUACAACUUCAACCACGUACUAGAGUUUGAUCCAGAACUUUCAGCAGACGUUGGUAGUGUAUCAGGCAUCGGGAGCUCGAUCUCUACCUAAAAAGUGAGAAACAUUUUGAAAAGAAUGAGCUACGAGGCCUAGUGAGUGCCUAAAUUUAAAACUCUAAAUACGGACGUCAAAACAUGUGAUAAACCUUUAGAUGUAUAAAUAUGUUCAAUCAGAGCAUUUAACAUAAACGUGUAAUAAAUAAGGCCUUCUAAAAUAUCUUCCAAGUUCGUCAUAAAAAAAAAUCUAGCAAGGCAUAACAAGUACAUCAAACGUUUUAACUAACAUGACCGAUCUACGUGGUGUAGGGCACGCCCAGUACAACCAACGUUUACUAGUCGUACGAUGUAGUGGGGCCCGCCCAGUGUCAGAGGCAUAAUUGUCCAACGUAUUAUUUACCGUUGGCCGUAUGCCCGAAUACCCCCAAAUCACUUUAUCUUUAUGUCUUGAAAGUAGUUUAGGUUAAUUCUUUCGUUUAGGUGUCGUCGAGUCACAGUGUGACAUUUCAGCUUUUUCAUAUGCAAGCUUGCCAAGGCCAAAAUUCUCAAUAUGUACUAUAGGGGGGGUACAUGAACAGUCCGACCCCCGCCCAAGCCUUGUCGCACUCUUUGCAUGCUGAGUUAUUUUCCUUGCAAUUGACAGUCUUCAAUUCUUUCUUUAUGACGUUUUCAACUAUUUACUUUCUCUCUCCCGUUUUAUAAAAACAUUUUCCCAAGAACGGGGAGGGAGGCUACGUCAUACUGCGAGUUUGUCCGCGGAUUCCGAUUAUCGAACGGUUGACUUGCUAAUUGAGCUAAGCAAGUGCCGCACAAUCGUGUUGAGAAGUUACGAUUGUGACAAGUGGUAUCAGAGCCAAGUUGGCUAAUUGACGAUUACACCGAGACAUGUCGUCGUCGAAUCCAUCGGGCAAGGCCCAGAGAGACCGACUAGUAGAGAUAGAAGAGCAGAUGCUCUACCUAGUCGAAGUUCCCGACUCCAUCCGCUACUUGGAGUCUCGUGUCGAUGAAAUUUCUGAGAAAGCCGACACGAUCGAUGCGGUAGCUGGCCGUGUCGAAGGGUUACCAAUACAAGAGUUGUUGGCAAGGGUUGACGCCCUAGAAGAAAAUACCAACGCCAGAAGAACUAUUAACUACGAGCGUGGGGAGAGUUCCUCAGGCUUUGCUGCCCACAUGGAAGAAUGUGUCAACGAGCUUGAUAGCGCUCAGAAGACACUAUUAGAGAUGAUAAACGGCAUGUCGGAGGAUUUUAGAGUCACCCUCGAUGUCGUUAGAAAUGAAAUCGCAGACGUGAAUGCAAGACUGAGUCUCACGAUGCGAGCAAUGGCAAACCAAGCUCCAGCUGGAGGAGCAAUUUCGGUUAGUAAAGUAAAAAUCCCAGAACCAAAGCCCUUCUGUGGAGUAAGAGAUGCAAAGGCCCUGGAGAACUACAUUUUCGACCUUGAACAGUACUUUAAGGCUACAAACACUGUCACCGAAGAAGCCAAAGUGACAUUGGCAACGAUGCAUUUGUUUGAAGAUGCAAAGUUGUGGUGGAGGUCCCGAUACGCAGACAUACAGGAAGGACGUUGCACUGUAGAUACUUGGGACGCCCUGAAGAGAGAACUCCGCUCGCAAUUUUUCCCCGAGAAUGUGGAAAUCCUGGCUCGGCGAAAAUUGCUCGAUCUAAGACACACUGGCGAGAUUCGGGAGUACGUGAAACAGUUCGCAGGGUUAAUGCUAGACAUCCGGGAUAUGUCAGAGAAAGACAAAGUUUUCUAUUUUGUCGAAGGGCUGAAACCGUGGGCGAGGGCCAAGUUGUAUGAACAAAGGGUCCAAGACCUCACGUCAGCGUAUGCAGCAGCCGAACGGUUGUUCGAUCUGACAGGUGACGCUCAAGAUGUGAGACGUCACAAAAGCUCCUCACUUGGAAGGAACAGGAAUAGUCGUCCGAGUUCCCCCAAAACUGUCAGAAGAGACGAAUACACUGGUAAAGACCGAAGAUCUCACCAGUCAAACACAGAGAACACAUGGCAAAGGCCGAAUAAUCAAAGCCCACCCAAGCGCCGCCUAAGUUGUUACAUAUGUGGUAAGCCACAUAUGGCAAGAGAAUGCCCGAAUAAAGUCGACUUCCAUGCGUUUCAGGCCUCCUUAAUCGUGGAUUCAAAUGAUAAGUCAAAUCAUGCUGAGGAUGAAGCGGGCCUGAUAGAUGGGGGUGAAAGGACUCGAAUAGGGGCCAUAAAGUACAUGUCAUCUCUCCAGAAAAAGUCGGAGGAGGGACAUGUACCAACAAAAGGGGGCUUACUGUAUGUUGACACCUGGAUCAACCAAAAGCAAGCUAAGAGCACUAUGGUCGAUUCUGGCGCAACCCACAACUUUAUUACAGAGGCAGAAGCUAGGCGUCUAAGGCUCCGUUGGGAGAGGGAUUCAGGAAAGAUGAAAGCCGUGAAUUCCAUUGCCCUACCUAUCGUCGGAUUGGUGAAGCGAACGACGAUAAAGUUGGGAGGAUGGAGAGGCCCCGUAGACUUUGUAGUUGUAAAGAUGGACGACUUUGAUGUAGUGCUGGGAAUGGAGUUCCUCCUUGAACAUCAAGUCAUUCCAAUACCUUCAGCCAAAUGUCGAGCAAUUACCGGAUCCUUCCCCACGGUAGUGCAAGCAGAUAUUCGCCAGCCUAACGGGUUCAAAAUGAUAUCGACCAUGAAACUAGACAAGAGCCGCGCCCAAGAGGAACCACCAUCUGUGGAGAUCUUGCUUGGGGCGUUGGAAAAGCUGGGGGAGACAGUCCCCAAGGACACUCUGUGUGUCCCAGAGAAGUGCCGUGGUGUGAUGCCAAGUAGAUGGCCCAAGUCCUCGUCGAUGCGGAGGAGAACCGACCAUGGGGUAGAGUCGCCAUCAGAGGCAAACGCGCAUGCGAAGAAUGCUUAUCGCAUGGCGCCGCUGAAGUUAAUCAAACUUCGGAAACCAUCAGAGAUGUUGUCGAAUACAGGGUGUAGUAUACCUGUACAAGCUACGUAUGGAGCCCGCGUCCUUUCCCUGAAGAAGAAGGACAGAAGCCCACAACAGUGUGUUGACCGUCGCACCCAGAAUAAGCUCACGGUCCGGCGUAAAUGUCCACUCCCCAUGCUCACGAGGCGGGUGGACUGCCCACGUGGAGUGAAGCAUCUCCUAAAGUCAGACGACCGAUCGAGGCAAUGUCGAGUAAGAACAACGAAGGCAAAGGGACUCGAGAAAAAUUGGGUCACAAGGCAUGAAGCAUACGAGUUCCCCGUGGUGCCGUUGGGUCUUACUGAUGCCAAGGGAGGAAAGUGUUGUUCUGUGCAGGGCCAGGUGAGCGUGCUGAGUCAUGUGGGAGAGUGCCACCAAGGUGGGUCGUCGAGAGAAGAAGACACUCAGUGGAGCGAGAACCUCGGGUGUCAGGUCGCCUUCAAUGGUUCGAAGCAAGCCAUGAUCGAGGGGCCAAGUCUUGGGGUCGUCGAGGCGACCAAGACUCCUGAAGUCAAAGCCGAGCAACUCAGUUGUGUGCUCGCAGAACACCUGCAUCAUUGUGUUGAUGGCAGACAAAAGAAUUGGGUUCAACUGCUGAAGGUAACCCAAUUCGGUUAUAGUGCUCAGACCGACUCGCUGAUCAAGAGAAGUCCGUUUGAGAUUGAAGAUAAGAGGCAUUCUGUAUUGCCGCCCGUCGCUGAUGGCCCUUGUCUAGGGGACCGCCCUCAAGUCCACCGAGUUGGAGAAGAAUGUGAACAGAUGGCCAACAUCGCGCGAGUAUGCCUAGAAGAAGCUUCAAGGCCGAUGGAGGAGAAGGGAGAUCAAAAGCGAUGCCCUCUCGAGUUCGAGGGGAUGACCAAGCUUCCAAUUGACGGUGCAACAACGUCGUAUGAUUAUCUGUCAACCUGGACCUGGAGGAAGACAGAGAAGUCGAGGAAGGCCUUGCUGACAGAGUAAGGACUUGUAGAAGGCCCACGAGGGAGAUACAUAAAUUCCUCGUGAAGCGGAAGAAGCCCUCGUGGAGGUGACCAGCGGAAGACCUGUCGAAGACUUUGAAGCGUGGAUGCAGAAGACCGAAGAGCUCCAGCUUCGCCAGUUGACGAGGACGUCAACCGUUUAAGUGGGGGAGAAUGUCAGGGGCAUAAUUGUCCAACGUAUUAUUUACCGUUGGCCGUAUGCCCGAAUACCCCCAAAUCACUUUAUCUUUAUGUCUUGAAAGUAGUUUAGGUUAAUUCUUUCGUUUAGGUGUCGCCGAGUCACAGUGUGACAUUUUGGCUUUUUCAUAUGCAAGCCUGCCAAGGCCAAAAUUCUCAAUAUGUACACUAUAGGGGGUACAUGAACAGUCCGACCCCCGCCCAAGCCUUGUCGUACUCUUUGCAUGCUGAGUUAUUUUCCUUGCAAUUGACAGUCUUCAAUGCUUUCUUUAUGACGUUUUCAACUAUUUACUUUCUCUCUCCCGUUUUAUAAAAACAUUUUCCCAAGAAAGGGGAGGGAGGCUACGUCAUACCGCGAGUUUGUCCGCGGAUUCCGAUUAUCGAACGGCUGACUUGCUGAUUGAGCUAAGCAAGUGCCGCACAAUCGUGUUGAGAAGUUACGAUUGUGACACCCAGCACUCCAUCAUCUUUGUCGUAGUGAGGCCCGCCCAGCACUCACGACAGCUUCGUUGUCACGGAGUACACUCAACGUCGACAACGAAAAUAUAACCUGUGUGCACACUGUACCAUAUAGCCUCAGGCUCAAUAUCUCACUCAUGUAGUCAAUGGAAAUCUCCACGAAGUCACAUGAAAACAUUUAAACAUGCCUGUUUAUUGUUAUCUUUUGUAAAACUCAAGUUUAUUCAGCUUGCUCGUGAAAAACUUUAAAUCAUUAUACAAUAUUUGCUAACACAUGCUUUACUUUAAAAGAUAUCGUUUCAACUACUUUUCAUAAAGCUAUUAGCCACGUGCUCGAAUAUAACCCUCAUUAGAAAAUCUAAGCUCAAAACUCAUGUUUGAAACCGUUCCCAAACACCAUGUAUCAUUCAUAGAAAAACAUGUAAAACAUAUAAUUAUGAACAACGUUUUAAUAACAUUUUAGAAAUUUGUUUUGUCACUCAAAGUCUUAUCUAGUUCCCUGGCUUGUAGACUCUACCUAUUUCCUCUAAGCCUGUCAAUAACCAAAACCGAGCAUUAGAACCAUAGAUAGCUUUGUCUUUCCAUGCUCAUGAAUCUCUAAACAAUUAGAUUAAGAAUCACAUUACAUCCCACUUUCUAGAUUUUUCAGAUUCGAUAUCCUAACUUCCAACACUCAUAACUUCCUCAAACCUUAACCAACAUUAAUAAAAUAUACAUAAAACUCUUCAUUUCUAAUACUCUAUAACUUACCUGAAGAAAUUAAAAUGAGAUUCGCAACCAAUUUGUCCAGAAUUGCCCCGAACACAGACAAUAUAGAAUUCAAGGUUCUCUACCACUCUUUAUCUAUCUCUUGCAAUUAACCCCACUUAAAGUCAUUUUUGGCUCACAAAAUCUUCAUGAAAGUUGUAGGAUAUUGAAUAAGAUUUCCAACCAUACCAAAUAGAGCUUCUGAUUCGACUUGUGCACUUCCAGAAUACUCAAAGCAUCAAAGAACACUAGAAAUCCUUCUGGUUUGCUCGAAAAUCUUGUGCUCUGUUUUCCAUUUCAAAAACCAUUAACUUCUCAUACUAUUCAGCUCAAGCUUCCUUCAUGAAAGUUGUUGAAAAAUGAACUAAAUUUCAAGAAAAUCAAACCUUACCUCUUAGUUCCUUCUGGAUAGCUCAAACCGAACAAAACAAACCAGAGGUCGAUAGUUGCACCCAGAUUCUGCAAUGGCUGGCUUUGCAUGAACUUUUUCCUAUCUUCUUCAACCUCAAACCACGAAAUUCUUCUUCUUCUUCCCUCACUCUCUCCUCAAAGUGCUCUGAAAGUUUGGAUGGAAAAUGAUGGAGGAAUGAAAUGAAAUUGGGCUGAAAAAUGAGCUUGUCGGUGGUGGGCUUUGUGCUGUCCAAUUCCACUUCCUUUCUUUUCUUUUCUUUUCUUUCUUCUUUUAACUUAGUAAUCCUAACAAUAGAUGACAAGAGAAAAUGAUCCUAGGAAAAUCUCGGGUUUACACAUCUUGUCUUCUUCUUUUCUUAUCAUACUUGGAACAUGUUAUGUUGUAGGGGUUCUGAAAGAGAAAGGAACCUUGAAUGGCGAGAGAAAUUCUUUUUGUUAAUUUGGCACAAAAAUGUGCAUUGUGUUUAGAUAUUUUAGUUAUGUUCCCUGUCUCUUUAACAAUCACAAUCUUCUUCUUUCUUCUAGUCAAUCGUUAUUGUUUUAUGUUGUGCAAUUUUCAAAUAUAAGUUCAAAAGCAUCAGAACUGAACAUUUGUCCAUACAUAGGGCAAUGGUUGAAAGUAGAAAGCAAUAUGAGAUAGUUGCCAAAAACAUAUGCCUAUAAUAUAAUCUUGAACGCUUGUGAAUUUUGUUUGUAUUUUAAGGGUAACUUGUGUUGUUGGUACACCCAAUAAAUACUUUAUUUACCUCUAUAUCAUUUAGACUGCAACUUUAUUUUAAUCAAAAUUAUUGAAUACUUUAUUUUGUAAUUUUAAUACAUUAUGAAUGGAAAAAUAUUUAUUGUGCUUGAACUAAAAUUUAUCAAAAGCUAAUUAAUUCAAAAAUUAUUCUUAAGAAAAAAGUUAACUUUUCAUAGCCAUAAGUUAAAGCUAUAAAAAGAUUUAUAUUGCCAAGUCACUAAAGUGAUACAUAAUACACCAGAAGAGGUUGCAAACCUUGUCUGUAUUGAAGAAACUUUAUUAAAUCACUGUGAUUUUGUUUUUUAAUUUCUUUCUUCACCAGCAAUUGAGUUUUCCUUUCUUUGUUGCUUUUAUCUUAUUUAAAGUAACAAAACUUUCGUUUUUUUGCAAAUC